UUUACGGGCCACCCAUGAGAUCACAUUGUUAACUAAGGUUAAGCUACUGCACCAAACAUAGCCUAGAAAUUACUCGGAAAGACGAGCAGUAGAGGCUCCUACGCUUCGACCAUUACGGCUUGCAGAUAGAAUGGAAGUAAAUAUUAAGGAUGUUGUGGUUCCUGGCGAUAUUGCGGUAGAAAUAAUGAAAACAAGUGAAAAGGAACGAGUAGUCCUUGGUCCCGGACUGCGCCGUGACUGUGACCGUGUCCUAGUCACCAAAGCUGGUGUACUGAAGAGGCGAAAACCAGCUAUAUUUUAUGUGGAUAGCUAUCAGAAAAGGUACGUCCCAAACAGAGGGGAGAAUGUCGUUGGAAUAGUGACGCAGAAGGCUGGGGACAUAUACAGAGUUGACAUUGGGGGAGGGGAAUUGGCGUCUCUAUCUUACUUAGCUUUCGAAGGAGCAACAAAAAAGAAUCGUCCUGACAUUGUCGUAGGUGACGUGAUUUUUGCAAAGCUAUUGGUGGCCAGCAAAGGCAUGGAACCGGAGCUGAUAUGCGUCGAUUCUCAUGGGAAGAAGGGCAAGUUAGGUGUCUUGAGUCCAGAUGGGAUGCUGUUUGAUUGCUCCCUGAGUUUGGCAAGGAAAUUGCUUCACCCAAGUUGUCAGCUGCUCACAUUGCUUGCCAAAGAACAGGCCUAUGAAAUCGCCAUAGGUAUGAAUGGUAAAAUCUGGAUGAAGGCCAGAUCGGUCCAUGAGACAAUAGCAGCUUGCAAUGCUAUUUUAGCUGCAGAAAACACCCCACCAGAAGAAAUGCCAGCCUUGUGUUCGAGUAUCGCGCGUAAUUUACUUCGAAUAAGCUAGGGAAAAGACCAAUUUCACAGUCUGCUGUACAUCUAGAUAUUUUAAGUAUUUUAUAAAACAUGCGUUCUAUUUUUACAAUAAAAUCUUCCUUCAAUAUAAGUGAUAAUUUACUUAGAUUUAUUGAAAACAAUAGAGCACACAACAGUCGGCCCAACAAAAGAUAGUGAGAAGAAAAAACUCUGUAAGUUAAGAUGCAGUUUUUGGAGACAAUUUUUUAUUAAAGACCAAAAUACUUCAAUACCCUCAUCGUUUGAGAAGAUGAAGACAAAGGAUGUAAACAAGGAAAGUAGACGGGCAGGGUACAAUAUUGAGUGGUUACUAUUUUAAAAUUAAUUAUUAUUCAUCACGUCUAUUUGGUUGCAAGUCGUAUGUGUGUGCUCUAAUUUCUACACGUAUUCCAAGUGUUCCUACUCAUAUUUUAACUGUACUAUCCUAUUUAGUAUCCUAGUAUACUUCAUUUCACACCCCAUUCUUUGCUAAGCUACAGAAAUUAUGAUUUCCAUACACAAGUGUAAUCAAUAUUUUUCAAUUUCACAAAUUUUAUUGAUAAUUUGCUAUUAAUUUACUGUAUAUAGUAAUAUUACGUUAAUAAUGCACGUCAAGAAGUUUGU